CCCGGUGCGCGGCGUCUGUGGUGUGCCAAGAGCAGGCAGCUGCUUGAGGAGAAACAUUCUCUGCCCCCUCUUGUCAGAACACUUCUGAAAAAAUGACAGCUGGCUCUGUCUCAGUUCCUCAGGUCAUACCACUUCGAAUCCCUCUCCCAGGGAAGGCUAAACAUCAAAUAGACACAAAUACACUUGUGGAAAUAAAAUCAGAUGGUAGUAAACCAGAACUCAUUAGGAAACCUGGCUAUGGAGAGCAUAGUACUUUUAAGUAUAAGGGUCCUAUCAUAUUACCUGUUGGGAGAAUAAUGGUCAAGGCCCUGGCAGUUACAAAGGACUGCAGGGAGAGUACAAUUGUAACAAAGGUGUUUCUGGUAGAGUACAAGCAACCAAACAUCCUCUUCUCUGUUGGACACAAUGACAAAGAUUUCCUAAAAUAUACCACCACCACACAGGAGAGGGAAGGUGGAAUUACUACAAAACCAAAGAAGAAUGGGGUGAAUGUAGAAAUCAAGUCUGCCUGGAGUGAAGCACCACAAGAUUUUCAAGAUUUAGAAACAGAAAGAAAGACUGGUCACAGGUCUCUGCAAGGACCACAGCUCCUUGCCAGUCGCUUGGAAACAAAAGAAUAUAGAGAGGAAUGCACCUCAACACUACAGUUAGAGUCAUUGCAGUUUGCUAGUUCUUCUGCAGUGACUAGCCAGAAAAGCUUAGCAAGCACACAGUUGGCAAGGAUCUCGAGGGAAACAGAUUUCCUCAGAUGUGCACACUGUUCUGCACCUCGCCUAUCUGACCCCUUGGCUCACUUCUGUCAGGAAUGUGGAUCUCCUGUUCCACCUGUGCCAGUAUGUCGCUUCCCUCCCCCUGAAGGAUCACAGAUGGCACCAUGUCUUGAGUGCAGAAAUCUUGUACCAAUGAACACACCCACUUGUAUUGUGUGUGAGUCACCAAUAGCUCCACAGCUGCAGCCCCAAAACAACGUCUGCAUAAAGGGUAAAGUAAUUUGUCAGGUGUGUGGCACAGGAAAUCCUCUUCACCAUAAGCACUGUGUGACUUGUGAAAGCAAACUGCCUGUAAUACAGACGCCUAUGUUUGGAGGAGACAUCCCCCUGCCUUAUCCCAGCCAGCAAAGGAAGACAGUUCCAUGCUCCAAAUGCAAUCAUGAGAACCAAUAUGAUGCCCAUUUCUGUGAUCGGUGUGGAGCCAAGCCUGGACCUCCCCCAUCCUAUUUCACGUGUUUCAAGUGUGGUAGGAGCAACCGUCCGUACGCUCGCUUCUGUGGGUCCUGUGGUGUUUACAUAGAGCCCCCAUCAAGCAUGAGUUCUCAGAAUGGCAGUGGAGACUCACUGGCAUUUUCUGAGGCUAAACGAUUUCAAGCUCAAAUUGUCUGGCAGUCUCUUCCUAUUUCCUUGCCCAAAUCAAGGCCAGAACUAAAAGAAAGAGAAGAUAAAGGAACCCAAACAAUUGGACUUUUUUACCCAUCUAGCAAGCUGUUGGAAAAGAAGGAGCUUGAGCUAAUUUCACAAAAAGAAAAGCUGGAAAAAAUGAGUGAUCAUAAGCCUCUUCUGACAGCCAUUAGUCCUGGAAAAGGUUACUGGAGAAAACAGCUUGAUCAUGUCUGUGCUCACCUUAGAAGCUACGCUCAGAACAACCUUGAAUUCAGAGCACUGAUUGGAGAACCUCAUAUGGGAAAGAUUAAUUCUGCUACCAUCCAUGAGGAUGACUGUGAAGUUACUAUUACAUUGAAUUAUGCUCUUGCUAUUAAGGAUAAUCAUACUAAUAAACCAGUGAAGUUCAGCAGUCAUUACCUGAAUACUGUAACAGAAGCCAGAGGUGAACAGGACAGCAAUCAGACUAGUUUUGGCAAGGAUGAUCAUAAUCUUUUCCAUUCAAGAGGCAAAACAAAGAGAACAAAUUCAAGAACACUUACAGGAAAAGAAGAUAAGCUCCCCCCAGAGUCCAGGCAAUUACUGGAUGAGUUGGGUCCAAAUGGGAAAGCAAGAAUCAUGUUGCUAGACCAAUUGCUCAGUGAAGGAGCUGACCCGAACUGCACCAGCGAGGAGGACCGACCUGCUCUCACAGUUGCUGUCCUUAACAAGCAUGCAGAAGCAAUCUCCCUUCUCGUGAAGAAAGGCGCUGACAUUGAUCAACAGUCAGGACUGCACAACAAUACUGCUCUCCAUGAGGCAGUUCUGCUUGGAUUGGAGGGAGUGGAGUGCAUCCGAGUCCUGCUACACUGCAAUGCAAGUAUAAAAAAGAAGAAUGCAGAAGGGCAAUCAGCAUAUGAUUUGGCUAUUACAGAUGGAAAUAAUGAAAUUAUUUCCUUGUUCACAAGUGAGCUUGGACAGGAAACACUGGACAAACUUACAAAACCCAGGAGCAUUGAUCUUAUUGGUGUGUGA